ACAAGUGCUAAGAUUUUAAUGAAUUAAAAUAUUAUUAAAAAUAAAAACUUGAAUUAUAUAAAAUUAUCCUGAAAGCAUUUGAUACUAUGAAGGAUGUACUGAAGUUCCGGAAUCUGUUAAUAUUAGUUGUUACAAUCUGUCAAACAUUCGAUUAUGGACUGGCUGUCAAACGUGGUCCCCAUCAUCCGCGUAGUGAGCGUAAAGUGGAUCAACAUUUAACCCAUGAAGAACAUCGCAUCGAAGACGACCUAAAGGAAAUGGGCAUAAAGGCGUCUGUGGAAAAUAUGUCGGAGGAGGAGAAGAAUUUCUAUUAUUUUAAGAUCCACGAUGGUGACAAUAACAAUGCCUUGGAUGGCUUGGAACUACUGCAGGCAGCAAUGCAUCAGGAUGAUCAUUUUAAGAAAAUCGAUCGGGAUAAUUUCAUACAAAAUGCCAAUGAUGAACUGAAUCACAUAAUAGAUGUCAUUGAUGAAUUCUUGUUAAUUGCCGAUGCCAAUAAAGAUGGAUUCCUGCACUACAACGAAUAUGUCCAGGCGGUUACGGGUACGGCAAACUAAUAAUAUAGGGCGUAAUAUCGCAACUACUGCAUUUAUCACUUUUUACAACACUUGAUUAUACAAUCGCCGUACGGCAAAUAAAUGAAAAAUGGCAUUUAGCCCCCCCC